AUGGCACGCUUUUCAAUAUUCAAGGAUGGACUAUGGAUUGCACCACAGGGAUGCGGCUACCCUCCAAACUACAACCAAACAAAGUAUAUAGUGUUGGUUGGGCGGAAAGUGAUAUUCUCAGAUUCGACAUCCAAAAAGUUGUAUGGCGUAGUGAAUGGAGCUGCAAGUGUGAUCCCGGCGGUACUGUACCCAGUGAUCGCAAUAGUUUUGUUGGUGCAAUUAUGGAAGAUUGGGAAGAAUCGAAAUAAAUUGUUUAGUCGACGAACAGAAGAAAAGGAUCACACCACGCAACUCGUCAUCCUGAUGACUAUCACCUUCUUUAUCUCCCAGCUCCCAUUCGGCUUAUCCAUGUGGCUCCGUCUCGUCUUCCCGUAUCAUUCAGUAAUCUCAUCGCUGUUAGAUCAUGGCAAGGAGAUCACUUCUAUCUUAUUUACUAUCAAUGCCACGUGUCACUGUAUAAUAUUUGCCACGUUGAGCGUACAGUAUAGGGUUGUGGCUAGGGAGGUGUACUGUUGUGGAAAAAUGAAAUCUGCGUCGGUGUCAACAAGAAGUGUUGUGGGAAGUCAGAAGGAAAACAAAACAAACACUUUGAUUAAUUAA